UGCAAGCCUAUGGAUGUUGGAAAGCUGAUGUUACAGUGCAGGUAUUAACAUGGUUAACACCGGUGACAUUAAUGGUUCUAGCAACCUUAUGGAUUUCCUUGAUGAGCCGAUUCCAGAUGUCGGGACAUAUGAAGAUUUCCAUACCAUUGACUGGCUAAGAGAGAAGUCACGUGAUACAGACAGACACAGAAAAAUCACUAGCAAGAGCAAGGAAUCAAUCUGGGAAUUUAUCAAAGGCCUUCUUGAUGCAUGGUCAGGAUGGGUUGUUAUGCUCCUUAUUGGACUUCUGGCUGGUACAUUAGCUGGAGUUAUAGACUUAGCUGUGGACUGGAUGACUGAUCUCAAAGAAGGCAUUUGUCUUAAUGCUUUCUGGUACAGCCAUGAGCAGUGCUGCUGGACAUCAGAUGAGACGACGUUUGAGGACAGAGACAAGUGCCCUCAGUGGCAGAAAUGGUCCGAGCUGAUGAUCGAUCAAUCUGAGGGCGCCAGUGCCUAUAUUCUCAAUUAUUUCCUAUACAUUAUGUGGGCAUUAUCAUUUGCCUUCUUGGCAGUUUCCUUGGUCAGAGUCUUUGCUCCUUACGCCUGUGGAUCUGGAAUACCAGAGAUAAAAACUAUUCUCAGUGGAUUUAUAAUAAGGGGAUACUUAGGAAAAUGGACCCUUUUGAUAAAAACAGUAACAUUGGUACUGGUAGUGUCGUCAGGCCUAAGCCUUGGGAAAGAAGGACCUUCUGUUCAUGUGGCAUGUUGCUGUGGCAACUUAUUCAGCAGUCUGUUUUCCAAAUACAGCAAGAAUGAGGGAAAGAGAAGAGAAGUGCUCUCAGCGGCUGCUGCUGUAGGAGUCUCUGUUGCCUUUGGGGCUCCCAUUGGCGGUGUUCUUUUCAGUCUUGAAGAGGUUAGUUAUUACUUUCCACUGAAAACACUUUGGCGUUCAUUUUUUGCUGCCUUGGUGGCCGCAUUUACUCUGCGAUCAAUCAACCCAUUUGGAAAUAGCCGUCUGGUUCUGUUUUAUGUUGAAUAUCAUACUCCUUGGUACAUGGCUGAACUUUUUCCAUUCAUCCUCCUUGGUGUCUUCGGGGGUCUGUGGGGGACACUUUUUAUUCGCUGUAAUAUUGCUUGGUGCAGGAGGCGUAAAACCACUAAGCUUGGAAAAUACCCAGUGUUGGAAGUUAUUGUGGUCACUGCAAUCACAGCUUUAUUAGCCUACCCAAACCCAUAUACCAGAAGAAGUACAAGUGAACUCAUAUCAGAGCUGUUCAAUGACUGUGGGGCACUGGAAUCUUCCCAACUCUGCGAUUACAUCAAUGAUCCCAACAUGACCAGACCCGUAGAUGAUAUUCCAGACCGUCAGGCUGGUGCAGGUGUUUAUACGGCAAUGUGGCAACUAGCCCUGGCUCUAAUUUUUAAAAUUAUUAUUACAAUAUUUACAUUUGGCAUGAAGAUACCUUCUGGGCUGUUUAUUCCCAGCAUAGCAGUGGGGGCCAUAGCUGGCCGGAUUGUUGGAGUUGGUGUAGAGCAGCUGGCCUACCAUCACCAUGACUGGAUCAUUUUUAGGAACUGGUGCAGACCCGGAGCAGACUGUGUGACUCCUGGGCUCUACGCUAUGGUGGGGGCAGCAGCCUGUCUAGGAGGCGUUACAAGAAUGACAGUUUCCCUGGUAGUUAUAAUGUUUGAAUUGACUGGUGGCCUAGAAUACAUUGUGCCAUUGAUGGCAGCAGCUGUGACCAGCAAAUGGGUUGCAGAUGCAUUUGGAAAAGAAGGAAUUUAUGAGGCACACAUUCAUUUAAAUGGUUAUCCAUUCCUGGAUGUCAAGGAUGAGUUCACCCACAGAACACUUGCAAUGGAUGUAAUGAGGCCUCGCCGAGGGGAACCCUCGCUCUCUGUUCUUACCCAGGACAGUAUGACAGUAGAGGAUGUGGAGACUUUAAUCAAAGACACAGAUUACAACGGAUUUCCUGUUGUGGUGUCCAGAGAUUCUGAGCGUUUAAUUGGCUUUGCUCAACGAAGAGAGCUUAUCAUUGCAAUCAAGAAUGCUAGGCAACGCCAAGAUGGGGUAGUGAGCAAUUCUAUUAUAUAUUUCACUGAAGAUCCUCCAGAGCUUCCUGCUAACAGCCCACAUCCACUCAAACUUCGUCGAAUCCUUAACCUAAGUCCCUUCACUGUCACUGACCACACACCUAUGGAAACAGUAGUAGAUAUCUUCAGAAAGCUUGGGCUAAGGCAAUGCCUUGUUACUCGCAGUGGGAGACUUUUGGGUAUUAUAACGAAAAAAGAUGUUUUAAGGCACAUGGCUCAAAUGGCUAAUCAAGACCCUGAAUCCAUUAUGUUCAACUAGGAUUGCAAGAAUAUUGCAAAGCGAAUAGUAUUGAGAGGAAGUUCUUUAAAGGCCUCCACCCUGUGUCCUUCACUUGACAUACACUAAUGAGGAAUCAUUGUUGAUCAACUGAGGCAAGCAAUAGAAGGGCGAAUGUAUGAGAAGCUGCUGGGUUUGUUUACAUGCCUAGAGAUUCAGGCAUAAUACAUUGGAAAAAAA